AUGCGGACGUCGAAACUGGAGGCGCGAAACGGGAGGCGCGAAACGGGAGCUGCGAGAGUCAGGGCAUGGCGUAGAGGGAAGGUUUGUAUGCCAGGCUGUGUGAUAGAUACGGUAUGGGCAAAAUUACGGUAUAUACCGUUAGUACGGAUGGUGGGUAGAGGGUGA